UUUUUUAAAACAACCUGAUCCUGGGAGGAGGCAGUGAGAUUAUAAGUAGUCUGAGCAGUGAGAACAGAAAAAAAACCCCAAAGAGACCAAGGAGGAUCUGCAGAAGAGAGAUGAUUUGCUACCUAGAAGCCUUCAGGAACGGGAGAUUUCAGAGGAUUGUCCUUGGCACUGCCUUGAUCUCCGCUCUGUUUUUUCAUAUACAAGUGAGAGCCUGGACAUACCAUUACAGCGAUCAGAAGCCAUAUACCUGGAAUGCUUCUCGGAGGUUUUGUCAGAGGUUUUAUACAGACUUAGUAGCCAUUCAAAAUCAAAAUGAAAUUGCAUACCUCAAUGACUAUUUGCCCUACUACCCUCAAUAUUACUGGAUUGGGAUCCGGAAAAUCAAUAAUGUUUGGACCUGGGUGGGAACCAACAAGACCCUCACAAAGGAGGCUGAGAACUGGGCAGAAAAUGAGCCCAAUAACAAGAGGAAUGACCAGGACUGUGUGGAGAUCUAUAUCAAAAGACCUUCUUCUGCUGGGAAGUGGAAUGAUGAACCAUGUGCGAAAAAAAAAAGGGCGCUGUGUUAUCAGGCCUCCUGUGAACCUUUCUCCUGCAACCAGCAUGGAGAGUGUAUUGAAACCAUUGGAAACUACACCUGCUCCUGCUACCCAGGAUUUUAUGGACCAGAAUGUGAAUAUGCUAUAAAGUGUAAAGAACUUGACCUCUUCCCUGGCAAUAUGCACAUGACCUGCAGCCAUCCUCUGGGAAAUUUCUCCUACACAUCCAGAUGUAAUUUCUACUGCUCAGAAGGAUAUGAGCUGAAUGGGGAAAACACGUUGGAGUGUUUAGCUUCUGGGGAAUGGACAGCUAAAAUCCCAGAGUGCUCAGUCAUCGAGUGCCCAGCCUUAAGGAGUCCUGAAAGGGGAAAGAUGCACUGCUCCUAUACUUCAGAGGAAAACCCUCACCAAUCCAGCUGCACCUUCAGUUGUGAAGAGGGGUUCACAUUAAAAGGGGAAGAAAUGGUCUGGUGUGCAGCUUCUGGAGCCUGGACAGCCCCAGUCCCGCUGUGUGAAGCCAUCACAUGUGAUCCAUUGGAGAGUCCUGCCCACGGAAGCUUGAAUUGCUCCUCAUCUUUGAUGGAAUUUCCAUACAACUCUAGAUGUUCAUUCCAGUGUGCUGAGGGCUUUGUGCUAAAAGGAGCAGAGACCACCGAGUGUGACAUGUCUGGAACCUGGACAGCCCCAGCCCCAGUUUGUCAGGCUGUCAUGUGCAAGCCGCUGCUGACACCCCAGGAAGGAACAAUGACCUGUGUUCAUCCUUUUGGAGAUUCCAACUAUAAAUCAGCUUGUCAAUUUAGUUGCAAUGAAGGAUUUUCUUUAAUUGGAUCAGACAAACUGCAUUGCACUAUUUCUGGCCACUGGACAGCUGAUCCACCGACAUGUCAAGCAAUCAAAUGUCCACGGUUAGUUGCCCCACCCCAGGGGAUGCUACAGUGUUCUGGGGCACAUGGAAACUUGAGCUAUAAUUCUACUUGUGACUUCUCCUGCAAGAGGGGACUUACGCUAAUGGGAGCCCAGAGACUCAAGUGUACAGCUUCAGGAUCCUGGACAACCCCACCUCCAUACUGUAAAGCCAUUAAGUGCCCAGUAUUAGAUGCGCCAGAGUGGGGGAGCCGGGAGUGUUCCUACAACCAGGGAAACUCCAGGGAUGGCUCUAUCUGCCAUUUUACCUGUGACAAGGGCUUUGAGCUGAAGGGAUCUGACAGCCUGCUAUGCUUAACUUCCGGCAAGUGGACAGCUCCUCCUCCAACUUGUGAAGCUGUCAAGUGCCCAGAACUGAUUCUUCCUAAACCAAUGCUGAUGAAUUGCUCUCACCCUUUGGGAAACUUCAGUUACGAAUCUACAUGCAUCUUCUAUUGCCCUGAGGGUCAAGUGUUAAACAGUUCCCCAGAAAUAAAGUGUCAAGCAGAAGGCAAAUGGUCAGAAAAGAUGCCAACCUGCCAAGGGAAACCAUUGUCCGUCCAGGAAGCUCUAACUUACUUUGGAGGAGCAGCUGCAUCAGUAACAAGUCUUGUAAUAGGUGGUUCAAUCCUCGCUAUUCUCAGGAAGCGUUUCAGACAAAAAGAUGAUGGAAAAAGGCCCCUGACCCCUCAAUGUGUGAUGGGAACUCCUGGAUUUUUUACCAAUGUAGCUUUUGACUCAGCUUCUUAAGACCUGCUUCUCCACAACAGCAUCACCCACUCUCACAGGAUCCCGUUUCUGAAUAUGCCUGUUCUUGUCACACUUGACUUUUGCUGCAGCUUACAUCUGCGGUGCUCUGUAAAUCUCUAUAAAUAAAAAACAAAACAAACCAUGGUUUUCCUCUGCUGCGGGUUCAGUAGGGUUACAUUUCUCCCAAGUCCUCCACCUGCCACUUCUGCCCGACUUAUCCACUAUCCUUCUCCACAGCAAAACAGCUGUAGCCAGGACCAGACAGCUGUAAAGGAUUUUAACAUUUCCCCACCCCAGGCAUCAUCUAAAAUGUCACUGCUGUCCAAUAGGAUUGGGAACUGGGAGUGGCAAGAAAAAUCAGACCCCACAUUGGAAUGAGAAAAAUGAAAGAAACUUAAGGAAUCAACUUUAGAAGGAAAGAAGCAGCUCUGGCCUUGUAGGCACGUCUUGCACGCUCCUCUGUCUCCAGUGGUUCCAAAUGAGAGGCUUUUCUGACACCCGAUGUUGAGGCCUCUAGGUGGCGCCAGAUGGUGCAAGAAGAUAUGGAAUUAAUGGAAAAGUCAUCAUAUCUGCUCAACCCUUCACUGACAUUCCCUUCCCAAGGAUUAAAAUGGAAAUCAUAUAGCCUUCUAUUGGCUAGUGUGUUUAAUGACCUAUGGUCUAUAUAGGUCCCUGCUUCUGUCAUUAA